UGCAACCACUAGUGUUUCAAAAUUUGUAGGCGCUUGUUAGAAGAUAGAUAAAAUGCUAGCCACUUGUUAAGCAGCUAUUAUAUGUAUAUAAUAUAUUCUUAUGUAUAAUAUUCGUUCAGUCCAUGAAUGAAGUAAACAAGUUGUGGUUCUUAGAUUUAAUCAAAUUGAUUAGUAGUUUAGCUUGGAAUUCUCUGUCCCCUAUGUUCAGAGAAUGUUCCUUCUCCUUCAAGUCACAACUCUUCCACAUUUUAACGCUAAAUUAGUUAUAAUUUUUCCCUAUCUAAGCGUUUACUUUUCGAGUUUUUUCCCUCGAUUCCAGAUCCUUCGUUCUUGCACAUCAUCUCUCUUAGAUUUUAAAGGAUCUUUGAUCGUAUCUUGCUAGAUUCCAAAGACAUUCUCAUUUCAUUUUAGUAGUGACAUUUAAGGAAUUAUUUCAAUUCUUGGUUGCUUAAAUAAGUUUUUCAGCAAAUGGAAUCACACAAUGCCCAAAGGAGGAGUUACCAGGUGGUCAUAGCAGCGACGAGAGACAUGGGUAUUGGUAUGGAUAUGAAACUUCCUUGGGAUUUACCCAAUGAAUAUCAGUUUUUCCAAGAUGUAACAACUAGGACAUCUGAUCCUCGUAAGAGGAAUGCAACUAUCAUGGGAAGAAAGUCAUGGGAAGCUACUCCUCUCGAGUUUCGUCCCCUUCCUGGUCGCCUCAACGUUGUCCUGACACGAUCUACCUGUCACAAUAUUCCCAUUGAUGACGGUAACGUAUUGGUGUCUAGUAGCAUGGAAUCGGCUCUUGAACUUUUAGCCACACCGCCUUAUUCAUUUUCCAUUGACAAGGUUUUCUUCAUUGGAGGUGGCGAGUUGUUAAGACAUUAUAUGAAUGGACCCAGCUGUGAUGCUAUCCACCUAACAGAAGUUGAUAUAAGCGUGCCAUGCGACACAUUUGCACCCAGGGUGGAUACUUGUCUAUACCGUCCAUGGUACUCAUCACUUCCAAUUGUGGAAAAUGGAAUCCGAUAUUGCUUUAACACUUAUGUUCGAAGAACAGUUCCCAAUGUUGGGUCAGAUUUCAUUCAAUAUUCGUUCUUGCCAAAUAUGGUUUUCGAGAGACAUGAGGAGUUUGGUUACUUGAAUCUUGUUCAAAACAUUAUAUCUAAUGGGGACAUGAAUGACAAUAGUACUCUUCUGUCUAAAUUUGGUUGUCAGUUGCGGUUCAACCUGCGCAAGACUUUCCCGCUUCUCACGACCAAGAAAGUAUUCUGGCUAGGCGUUAUAGAGAAAGUCCUACAACUCGUCAGUGGUUCAACAAAUCCCAAGGAAAAGGGCAGUAAUCAUAUAUGGGAGAGUGAUGAGGCUAAAGAAUAUCUUGACAGUUUCGGAAUGAAUGCCACAGAAGAAGAUGGAGACAACCACCCACUCUUGUGUGGACUCCACUGGGGACACUCUGAUGCUAGGCAAGAAUUGAGCCAGCUCUCUGAUGUUAUAAACAAAAUUAAGAACAGUCCUCAUGAUCGAGGAAUCACACUUUCAGCUUUUACGUUGUCGGUAUCUCCUUGCCAAACGUCGGCACAGUUCUAUGUGGCGAAUGGUGAACUUUCCUGUCAAAUCUACCAGAGCUCAACUGAAGCAAGUCUGGUGAUUCCUUUCAGUAUCGCAGCAUACUCUCUCUUGACAUGCCUCAUGGCUCAUGUUUGCGAUCUCGUAGCUGGUGAUUACAUCCAUGCGGUUGGAGAUGCUUAUGUUAAUACAUCUCACAUCAAGGCUAUACAAAAACAGCUUCAAAUCUCCCCUAAACCUUUCCCGAUUUUGAAAAUCAAUCCCAAGAAAACGAAGAUUGAUCACAUCGAAGCUUCUGAUUUGGACCUCCUGGACAUAUAA